UGUAAUCGGUGAAUGUGUGGUACCGAUGGAUCCGAAAGAACUAAAACCUCUCAAUAUCCAAUUUGUGUCGUCGACUGAUUCGGCCGAAUUUUCCCGCCUGGAAUGGGCGAUGAAUCGUUCUUCAGUGGUCGGCCUUGACGCAGAAUGGAAGCCCCAUCGCUCGCAGCAAUCAUCUUACCCCUUCGUUUCGCUCCUUCAAAUCGCUUGCCGGAUCGAUUGUACACCCAGCGACGUUGAUGGCCACGGUGACGGCGACGAGGAGGUGGAGGACAACGAUUUAUUGGUGUUUCUGCUCGACCUCUUGGCGGUUCCUCUGCCUUCAAUUUGGGAGCUCUUGAGGGACAUGUUCGUUUCACCGGAUAUUCUGAAACUAGGAUUUCGGUUCAAACAGGAUUUGAUCUACUUGUCUUCCACCUUCCAUUCUCAAGGUUGCGCUCCCGGCUUCGAUAGGAUUGAACCCUUUCUGGAUAUUACGAGCAUUUAUGAUCAUCUUCAGCGCAAGCAACCGGGAAGAAAACUUUCCAAGGAGACAAAAAGCUUGUCAACCAUAUGCGAAGAAGUCCUUGGAAUUUCUCUUUCGAAGGAACUCCAAUGUAGUGACUGGUCACACCGUCCUCUUACAGAAGAGCAGAAAUUAUAUGCAGCCGCAGAUGCACACUGCCUAUUGAAAAUAUUUUCAGUCUUUCAAGGCAAGAUUGACAAAGAAGGCAAUUCCUUGCACGAUACUACUCCGCUGCACUCCCCAAUUGCGAUUCUUGGACUAAAACAAAUUUUUGAGAAGCCUGAUGUUUGUGUCAAUGUUUUCAGUCUAAAAUUUGGUGAAGCUUCAGAUAUGGUCAGAGCAACUGCAUAUUUUGAAAUUCAUCAGAGAAAUUACUCCGUGGUAGGAUCCAUUUCCAAGCCUUCACAUAGGAAGACCAUUCCUUUGGAUGAAUCUCUGUCAAAGAUAGUGCAAAAAUAUGGAGGAAAAAUACUGUUAAAGGAUUCUGACAAAAAACCAAGAAACUCAAAAAAGAAGGGGAAAAAACAAUCUUCAGUUAAUUUGUCUUGCAGGGAAAGAAGGGUUGAGAAUAGCAGUGAUUGGCAGGGGCCUCCACCAUGGGAUUUAUCCUUGGGUGGUGAUGGAUGCCCCAAAUUUUUAUGUGAUGUGAUGGUGGAAGGCUUGGCUAAGCACUUGCGUUGUGUGGGGAUUGAUGCCGCAGUUCCAUGUUUAAAAAAGCCUGAACCUAGGCAGUUAAUAGAUCAGGCACAAAAAGAAAAGAGGGUGAUCUUAACCCGAGAUGCCAAGCUGUUGAGGCAUGACUAUCUGAUAAGGAAUCAAGUUUACAGGGUGAAGACUCUGCUGAAGAAUGACCAGCUCCUUGAGGUGAUUGAGACUUUCCGAUUGAAUAUUUCUGAGGAUCAGUUAAUGUCAAGGUGCACCAAAUGCAAUGGAAGGUUUAUUCAGAAACCUCUAACAACUGAAGAAGCGAUUGCAGCUGCAAAGGGAUUCCAAGUAAUCCCAAACUGUCUGUUUAACAAGAAUUUAGAGUUUUGGCAGUGCACAGAUUGCAACCAAUUGUAUUGGGAGGGAACACAGUAUCAUAAUGCUGUUCAGAAGUUCAUCGACGUUUGCAAGUUGAAUGAAUAAUCGGAGA